UCCAUCUGCUGGUAUAUCGGCUACUACCAGAAAAAUGCACGCGUCAUAUGCGAUUUUGGACCCUGCACAUGCGCAGAGGCCGAAAGAGAAAUGUGCAGUCUUAAGGGACCUUUUCUUUUCAUCAUUUUGUCUCUCACUUUGAACUCCCUGGAAGCAACACCAGUCGAGAGCCACCAUCUGGACAAACGGAAGUGCAACACUGCCACGUGUGUGACACAACGCUUGGCAGAUUUCCUGGUCCGGUCCAGCAACACCAUCGGGACCAUCUACUCGCCUACCAAUGUAGGGUCCAACACUUACGGGAAGAGAGGCAGAGAACUUCCCAACUAUCUACGGCUUUAAGAAGGCAGGAUGGCACAACGGUUGCGGCUCUCACUAGAAAUUGCUCUUCCUGUCUCUAGGUCUCAUGUUAUAAAGUCCUGGUCCUCUCGGUUUUCCAUUCGUUUCGUUUCAGCCAGGCCGACAUUUUGGCCAGAGGCUUGAAAAAUUGGGUUGUCUGGGUCACACUGCUUUGAUCACUGGCUACCUACCUGCUUAUAUCUCACAGUGCCUUGUUUUCCCCUGUGUGUAUUUGAUGGAUGUGAUUUCCAUGGAUUUAUCACACUGCUUUGCUGGGAAAUGAUCUGCCAAGGGGGUCCCUGGGGGUGCUGCUCUGCCUGUUGUCGACAUCCUUGUGAAAUCCCUUUGUUAAAAAAAAACACACACACACACACACACACACAAAGGAAGGGGCGGGGGGGGAAAGAUUAAUAAAUCUCAUAAAAUCCAUGCCACAUGAGAUCUGAACAUGUGAAUGGGCUGCAAGUUAUGUAUUUUUUUUUCUUUUUCUUUCUUUUUAAU